GCGAGGUGUCGAUGAUCGCUGGCACCUUGGCCUUGGCGCGGGCUCGUGGCGCGUGGCGCAGAGUUGAUCAGCGUGACGACAAGAGAUAGCUGUACAUUGCAACCCGAGGAACCAUGUUGUGCGUAAUGGUCGCAUUUUCGCGUUCCGCCAAGCAGGAUCAACGAGGGCGUGCAGUGCGCUGGGACGACGACAGCACCUUGGGCGAGGGUCUCUACAGCAAUAGCACAUUGGGCUACGACGGCCGCGCAGCCUGCCUUGGGGCCAUGGCGUGCGUCAAGCCAGGUCAAGCGCCUGCCUGCGCCGGUUCUUUUUUGCUCUAGAUUUCACUCGACACUGGACGAGCGCUGAUUGGCCACCGGCGACAUACAAACGUCAAGAGACGGCGUUGGCGGCGACUGACGCGGCCGCCAAAACGCAAAGCGACGUCAAGAUGGCACACCAGAUGGCCAUGGCCGUGCAGCAGGAGCUGCGGAAGCUGCCCGGCAACAACAAAUGCGUCGACUGCGACGCGCCGUACCCGCAAUGGGCGACCGUCUCGUAUGGCACGUUCAUGUGCCUCGAGUGCUCGGGCCGCCACCGCGGCCUUGGCGUGCACAUCUCGUUCGUGCGCUCCGUGACAAUGGACUCGUGGACGGACAAGCAGAUCCGCAUGAUGCAGCUCGGUGGCAACGACCAUUUCCGCAGCGAGUUCAACGCGGCUGGCGUGCCCAAGACGUUGACAAUUGCGCAAAAGUACAACACGCCGCAGGCAGAGGCCUUCCGCGCGCGCUUGCAGGCGCUUGUGGAAGGCUCGUCGCCAACGCCCUUGCCGCGCUGGGACCCGUCGCACAACCCGGCGGCGGCCUCGAGCGCAUCGUCGUCGUCGUCGCAUGGCAGCUCGGACACGCUUGGCGUCGAAGCCCUCAAGGGCGAGAGCGAACAAGACUACGUUGCCCGGCAAAUGCGUCUUCGUGAAGAAGCCCGUGCCCGCAUGGCCGCCAAGUUUGGCUCGUCGGGCAUGCAAGGCAUUGGCAGCGGUGGCAGCGUCUCGAGCAGCAACCAUAGCUCCAGCGGCGGCUACGGCGAUGUCACCGAUACCCUCGGCAGCGCGUUUAGCUUUCUCUCGACGACUGUCUCGUCGGCGGCGUCGUCGGCCGCGAGCCUCGUCAAAGACCAGGACCUCUCGACCAAGGUGUCGUCGGGCUGGAGCAGCGUCCAGUCCAAGCUCGCGGACCCGGAGCUCACAACGUCGGUCAAGUCGACGGCGUCGUCAGGCUGGUCCUUCCUCACGUCGACGACCAGCUCGCUUCUCAAGAACGCGCAGUCGCUUGUCGAUACGUCGGCGCAAGACGAUCGCGAUAGCCAUGGUGGUAUGUUCCCGCGCACCAACCCGACGCUGCCGCAGACGAGCGCGUACGAAGGCAUCCAUGGUGGUUCGACUUCGUCCUUAAAGUCGUUUUCGCAGUCGUCGGCGACCCCUCUGGAAGCGCCCGAGCCGAGAGCCGCGACGUUCCCGCCUGCCACGCCGCUUGACGCAACGCCCAAGCCCGAGCCUUUGCCCAAGCCCGAGCCCAAGAAGGUCGUCAAGAAGGACGUGGAUUUUUUCGGCGAAUUUGGCAUGUAAUUAUGGAAGCAUUUUGGUUUCCUCCUUUUUGCAAA